AUGGCUGCGAGAGAACGGCGGCCAUGGUGGAUGGGUUGGGCGCGAGGAGCAAAGCAGAGGCAGCUGCGUCAAUGGCCGACGCCAAGUCGCUAUCGAUAUAUGGAACAAAGCUUCUUCAAAGUAUCAAAGCAAAUAUGGGAGGAAUGAUCUGGGAAAGGUCACAGAGGGGCAUCGACAUUGCAGAAAAGUUGGAAGAAAUUGAAGUUGCAAUGAGAGGAAUGGAAGCUGCCCUGACUUCCCCUUCCAUUGCCUUCGGAGCAAUGGACGAAGAACUCUGCAAUUUGCUCAACGAUCUCAAACCCAAGGCCAUCUUAAACCUACAGCAGCUCAAUUUCACUACUGCGCCGGAGAAGAAGCCCACGUUGUCAACCCAUCGGCCGAUUAAUAUUUCUCCCAUUAUCCCUCAAAUUCUGCCGGUUUCGUUCUUCUUGCGGUGUAUGGAAAUCCUUCUGUAUGACUCAACCUCCGCCGCCGCUUCCCGGAAUCUCGUCUCCGAGGUGAAAAUAGGUCGGAGACUCAAUGGGGGAGAGGCAACUGAGUUGGGGGACGAUUGUACAAAAAAGACUCAUUGGGGCAUUUCGUCGAACAUGUUGCCUACAUCCAAGAGUUUUUGUUUUGCCCUGAAAUGCUCGAUUACGUUGGGUCUUGCCGUGUAUCUGGGUCUGACUUACACAAAGCGAAAUGGGUAUUGGUCAGGAUUGACGGUUGCCAUCAGCUUUGCAACUGAGAGACAGGCAAUAUUUACAGUCGCCAACGCUCGAGCUCAAGGGACGGCAAUGGGGUCAAUCUAUGGCGUCAUAUGCUGUUUUAUUUUGCGUAAAUAUGAGUAUCUAUGGCUCUUACCUCUUCUCCCUUGGGUUGUUUUUUCCAGCUUUCUAAUCCAUAGCAGAAUGUAUGGUCAAUCUGGUGGCAUCGCCUCAGCAUUAGGCGCGUUGCUUGUUCUUGGGAGGAAGAACUACGGCAUUCCAUCUGAGUUUGCAAAUGCUAGAAUCAUAGAAGCUUGCAUUGGAUUGCUCUGUUAUCUGACCGUGGAGGUUGUUUUCAACCCAACAAGAGCAGCAACUUUGACAAAAACAGAGUUCUCAACAACUUUAGAGCUCCUUCAAGAUUGCAUCAAGAGGGUAAUCCUUAUUCCCCAUAAGAACUCGUAUGAAUCUUCUUCUACUUUGAUUCCAUUGAUAGAACAGCACAAAAAUCUGAAAUCCCACGUUAGUCAAUUAGAAAAAUUCAUUAUAGAAGCUGGGUUUGAGCCAAAUUUCUGGACUACACCUUUCCAAGCUACCUGCUACGAUAAUCUUGUGAAAUCUCUGCAAAAAUCAGUAGAUAUCUUACAAUUUCUGGUGCAUGAAAUGAGGUCUCUGUCUCUAGAACUCAACAGUUCUAACUUAAGCGAAGACAUGGAGGCAUUCAGCAAAAAAGUUGGAUGUUCUUUGAAGUUCAUGGAGAAGGUGAGCCUGAUAAAGUCCUUGAAGGAAUUGCAGAGCAAAAACCAGGAUAUGGGAAAGGGUUCAAACCAUGGAAGCAGAGCUCUAGCUCUCAGUGAAGAAGAUAUUGAGAAAAUUAUGGGUUCCUUCUGCCAACAUGCAAAUGAAAUUCUGAGCAAAGCUUACAUAAAUGGUGAAGAUGAGGCAAAUCUGAAAGCCCAAAUGACACAGCGCUUGUGUUCAAUUGGGUUUUGCAUGGAAUGCUUGAUGAGAGAAACAAUGGCGAUGGAGAAGGAAGUGCAUCAACUGCUGAAACUGGAGAAUCCAUCCAUUCAUAUUGAUUUGCAAGAACUUUCAAGAAAAGUUGAUGCUCACUGUGCAUAAGAUAUCAAAACCAUAGCCAUAUAUCUAUAUAGAUAUCAAGAACUUUGCAGCUAUCGGGCGAAGUUUAUGGUCAAAUAACAAACAGGGACUUAAAUGCCUUGAUUGUUUUUUAAAUCAAAAGGCAAGCAACUUAUUAGGCCUGAUAUAUCUUGAUUUGUGCAAAGUUUACUUUUUUUUGUUGCAAUAAUUGCAUUA